UUAGAGCGACGACAACCACUGGUUGCGCUUCAUUCUCAGACGAGACGCGAACGCGAUAGGUUCAGUGAGCGCACAAUCGACUAGCCCAGAGCUAUGCAAUAACUCAGUGUGGAAAAAAGGAUAUACGUGUAUUUAGUGAUCAACAAAGAACAAAGUUUUAGAUUUAGUGAGUGAGUGAUCUGUAGAAAUGACCAAAGACACGGGUCACACCAACGGCGCCUACGCUGGCUCCGAAGUAUCUCUGGAUAUACCCACCAACACCUUAUAUCACACCUCGCGCGACUGCAUCGUGCAGGACGAGACACAAUCGCGCAGCUGGUGGGACCAUACGACAGAAUGUUGUCGCAGCACCGCCGCCAAUAUCUUUCGCAAGAAAACCCUCUAUAAGCGCUUCCCCAUAUUCGUCUGGCUGCCGCAAUACAAAAAGGAUUAUAUUAUGGGCGAUUUUGUGGCUGGCGUUUCUGUGGCCUUGACGGUGAUACCUCAGGCCUUGGCCUAUGCCGGCAUUGCUGGCCUGGACUUGCAGUACGGAUUGUAUGCCUGUUUUCUGGGCUGCUUCAUCUACAUCUUCAUUGGCUCGAGCAAGGAUGUGCCGAUUGGGCCGACAGCCAUAUCGGCGCUGCUCUCAUUCCAAAUCGCCGGCGGCAGCUGGCAAAUGGCCACGUUGCUCACAUUCCUCAGUGGUCUCAUUGAGAUACUGAUGGGCGUUUUUCGGUUGGGCUUUCUCAUAGACUUUGUCUCGGGACCUGUGGGUGCGGGUUUCACCAGCGCCGUCUCGCUCAUCAUCUUCAGCUCGCAAAUGAAGGAUCUGCUGGGCAUCAGGACGAGCGGCAAUACAUUUGUGCAAGUUUGGAUAUCCAUAGUGAAUGAUAUACACAACAUUAGCUGGCCAGACUUCAUACUCGGACUCGUCUGCAUUGCCCUGCUGCUGAGCCUGCGCGCCCUGGCCAGCUGCAGCGUGGGACCCAAGGAGGGCAAAUCCACCUGCCAGCGGGUGCUGACAGGACUCUUCUGGACCGUGGGUACGGCGCGUAAUGCCCUCCUGGUGUGUGGCACUGCAGCUCUGGGCUAUUGGCUGGCCAUGACCGAUAACGAGCUGGUUCGCACAGUCGGUUUUGUGCCCAAGGGUAUGCCUUCUUUCGAGCCCCCGCCCUUCUCCACACCAGAUGUGUAUAACGAGACGACUGGGGAGUUGUUGCAGGAGGGUCAGAGCUUUUGGGAAAUGGCCAGCAUACUGGGUUCCGGGUUGAUUGUAGUGCCGCUCAUCGCACUGCUUGAAACCAUGGCUGUAGUGCAGGCAUUCGCUGAUGGCAAGCCCACAGAUGCCACGCAGGAGCUCAUUGCCUCGGGAAUUUGCAAUGUGGCGAAUUCCUUUGUGCAGGGUCUGCGCAGCAAUGGCGGUUUGGCGCGCGGUGCCAUUUUGAAUGCCAGCGGCGUGCGCACACAGCUCUCGAAUCUCUAUACCGGUGUCAUAGUCAUCAUUGCACUGCUCUACCUCACACCUUGCUUCUACUUUAUACCGAAGGCGGCGCUCGCCGCGAUCAUUAUAGCAGCUGUCAUAUUUAUGGUGCAGUAUCGCGUCAUCAAGCCCAUGUGGCAUAGCAAAAAAACCGAUCUCAUACCUGGUCUGGGCGCCUUCUUUGCCUGCCUGGUCCUGCCGCUGCAGCUGGGCAUUCUCGUAGGCAUCGGCAUCAACGUUGUCUUUAUUCUCUAUCAAGCAGCACGUCCUAAGCUGCGCAUUGAGACGCUGGCGACUCAGAGCGGACUGCGUUACCUGAUGCUGACGCCCGAUCGCUGCCUGAUCUUCCCCUCUAUGGAGUUUGUGCGCAAAGUCAUCAAUAAGCAAGGCGUGAAGUCCACACUGCCGGUGGUUAUCGAUUGUACGCACAUCUAUGGCGCCGAUUUCACGGCAGCUAAAGUGAUUUCCACUAUGGUGACAGAUUUUGCACAGCGCCAGCAGCCGCUCUUCUUCUACAACCUACAGUCGCGUGUGGCGCAAGUAUUCGAGGGUCUCAAUAAGGAUCUGGUGGCCAUAUACGAUAUAACGAUGUUGGAGACGAAGCUGGCCGAAAAAUCGACGCUCUAAUGGGAACCAUUACCACCUCGACAUAGUUAUAAUUUUCCUAUUUAUUUCACAAGUUUGGCAAGACCAACUUUUGUCAAAAUUCCAAUGCAAUCUAAGCUGUGGCCCACGAGGUCUUCGCGAUUAUUCAUCUUGGUUUUGGAAGGCAGGGCAGUCCCACGCACAUAUGGAACUGACAGCUUCAGUGUUUUGGCAAAAUUGACGAUAUUUUGCGUAAAUUUAAUUAGCAUUUAAGCAAUCUUCUAUUAUUUAUUGUAUCACAUUUUUUGUUGUUGUGCAUUUUGUUGAACAAAAUCCAAAUUUUACACCUUGGCCAGUCACAACAAUAAUCUGCGAAAUUUUGGAUAGACAUAUUUUGCAAUAUUAUUGCUGUGCAUAGUAUUAUGAAUUAACACUCGAUGAGUAUUAGCAGUUUGUUUAAGCUAGGCUAAGUGGAAAGUACUUAUAACAAUUAAAAAUUGUUUCGAAAUUGACGCAAA